AAUGCCAGAACCAAACUUCUUAUCAAUGUAUUCAUUUGGGCAUGAGGCCCCAAAGAAAAAGCCCAUCAUUCAUGUGUCAUGCGGCAUUGGCGAUACAGAUGGCUUCCCCGCCUUUGAUGUCGAUUCGGAUGCCUAUGCGGUCAAAGAUGAUUCGAAAUGGGGUUUUCUAAUAACUGGCGGUGCCGAAUUCCAUAUGCCAUUGACAGUAUUUCAGGUUACACCGGAUGGUCUGGCUGAUAAGGGUGGCAUACGUCUGGGUGAUAUAAUCUUGCAAAUUAACGAAGAGGACGUAACUGGGCUGACAUUGGCACAGGCACACGAAAAAAUUGACGCCAGCGGCAAGAAGAUACAUUUUCUGGUAAAGAGCAUGGAGGAGGAUCCAUUGGAAGAAUUUGAAAUAGGCGAGGAGAAGUCAAUUGUCCUGAGAGUACCAAAACCAGUGCCACCUCCGCCAGAAUUUGUCCCUACUCCACUGCUAGGCUCCCGUUGUUGGCAUCCCAUUAUGUGGAAUCCACCUCCACCACCUCCCAAGCCAAAGAAAAAGAAAACCAAAACCGAAAUCGAUGAAGAGGGUAAUGAGGUGGUUAUCGAACUCAGCGAAGAUGAAUCUUCAGAAGAAGAGGAAGAGGAGGAGUUGCCACAUCAUCGCAUCAUACGCAAUAUCCGACGUUUCUUUGCCAAUGUGGGUGACGAUAUUGAAUUGAAAAAUCGCAUUACCGAAGAUAUGCUCUUGGCUUUGCCUACAGCUUCGAAAGAUACCUAAUUGCGGCGCCAAAAUGUUUUUUG